GUUGAAAAAACAAAUGUGACCAAGGAUAAUUCAUUGUCACACUACACCUCACGUGUGGUCCACCAAAUUAUGCACCACCCCUCUUGAUUACAACACCCCCAAGCCAAGGCCCCCAUCAACAUACGCCCCUUAAUAGAUGUGCACUUAUGGGUGAACACCGAUUCAAAAUCAUUUCGGACCGAAAUUAAAAAAAAAUGAAAUAAAUCGGGUUAAGUUUUUCCCCCAAACUGAAACUCCAAUUCCAUGGAAACGCCGGAAUUCUUCCAAGCGAGUUACUACGCCUCCUCCGCCCAAUUCUCCGCCGAGAAGCACCGCCAUCCGCCGCCGUCCGACGUCAAGAGUGUCGGCGGCGGCGGAGACCAAUUCCUCGUCGAGGACCUCCUCGACUUCCCGAACGACGACGGCAUGCUGUCUGACGGAGGAGCGAUUGACGCCGCCGCGGUUGCCUCCGCCGGCGGAACCUCCACCGAUUCCUCCUCCGCCACCGCAUUCGACGCCUCCUGCAACUCCUCCUUCUCUGGCGCCGGUCCUCACGACCUCCAAUUCGCCGCUGAUUUUAACUGCCGGAAUGUCUCCGACGGCCCCUUCUCCGAUGAAUUUUGCGUUCCGUAUGACGACCUGGCUGAGCUCGAAUGGUUAUCCAAUUUUGUGGAGGACUCAUUCUCAAGCGAAGAGGACUUGCACAAGCUGCAGUUCAUUUCAGGCAUCAAGGCCCGGACCGCGGAAUCCUCGUCCGAACAAACCCGUUUCAAGCCCGAACCCGCCGACCCUCACUCGCCCGCCGCCGCUCCCACCUUCCGGCCCGACGUGUCCGUGCCCGCCAAGGCCCGCAGCAAGCGCUCGCGGGCCGCCCCGGGCAACUGGGCCUCCCGCCUCCUGGUCGUCUCUCCUCCCGCGGAAUCUGGCGGGAAAAAGACGGCCAAGGCGGGCCCGAUGAAGAAGGAGGGCCCGGCGAACGAAGGACGGAGGUGUCUCCACUGCGCGACGGACAAGACGCCGCAGUGGAGGACGGGGCCCAUGGGCCCGAAGACGCUGUGCAACGCGUGCGGGGUGAGGUACAAGUCGGGCCGGCUGGUGCCGGAGUACCGGCCCGCGGCCAGCCCGACUUUCACGCUGACCAAGCACUCGAACUCGCACCGGAAGGUCCUGGAAAUCCGGAGGCAGAAGGAGGAGCUGGUGCGGGCCCAGCAGCAGCAGCAGUUGUUUCACCACAAGAUGAUGUUCGACGUGUCGUCCAACGGCGAGGAUUUCUUGAUUCACCACCACUUUGGGUCCCACUACCGGCAGCUGAUCUAGUGAGUGCAGGCGUAGGGGAGCUCCCGUGAGGGCUCGAGCAAUCAAACUCUUUUUUGAAAAAGAAAAAAAUAUCAUCCUUUUUUUUUAUAGCUUUCGUUUGUUUUUUUCAUUGCUAUAGAAAUUAAAUUAAAUUAAAUUAAUACCCCCCAU